GGUUGCUAAUAUUUGACCAUGGAGCUGUACAGUGACAUCAUUUCACCGCCGUGUCAGAAUGUGCUUCUGGUGGCAAAAAAGUUGGGCAUUACGCUUAACGUUAAGAAAUCGGACAUUCACGAUCCUGCUGAUGUAGCGGCACUGACAAAGCUGAAUCCGCAACACACGAUUCCGACGCUGGUGGAUAAUGGACAUGUGAUCUGGGAGUCGUACGCAAUCGCUCUGUAUCUAGUGGAAAAGUAUGAUCAAGACGGUGUCCUGUACCCGAACGAUCCCAAGGUGCGAUCGGUCGUAAACCAGCGCCUUUUUUUCGACAUCGGAACACUCUAUAAAAACGUACUCGCCGGUAUUGAUGCCAUGAUCGAGGAAAAACGUCUUCCGGAAGCACUGGAAGGCAAACUGCAGCAAGCACUCGAUCUGACGGAAAAGUUCGUUUCGGAACGUUCGUUCAUUGCUGCCGAUCAUCUAACGCUAGCGGAUAUCUUUGUGCUUGGAAGCGUUACUACGCUCGAAUGGAUAAGGUACGAUCUGGAGCGUUAUCCUGGCAUUAGAAGCUGGGUCAAGAAAGUGACGGCCGAGUUUCCAGACUAUGAAGAGUUUCACAAGGAGAUAAGGGCGGGCACCAAGCAGUACAUUGCUACUCACUGUCCAGAUUUGGAAUAUUGAAGAUAGCAUU